AUGACGAUCUGCCUGUCGGGCCUUGGCUCGUCGGAGAAGCAGGACCUGGUCCAGCUGGUGGAGGCACACAAUGGGCGGCACUCUGCAGCCCUGGACCGGCGCUGCACCCACCUGGUCACCUGCACCACCCAGAGCGACAAGUACAGCCUGUGCAUGGAUGCCUGCUACCUCUGGCUGGUGGGGUGUGGGCCUCAGGAGCAGCUGCAGGCGCUGCAGGCAAUACGCCGCGUGGCUGCCAAGAGGUUUGCGGCCCCACACCCGCUGCUGACCCAUGUCAUCGUCGGCGGGGCACUGAGCGACACGGACGCGCGGCGUGUGGCUGCCGUGGCCUCGGGGAACGCCUCGUUGCAGGUGGUGUGCCUAGACUGGCUGCUGGACUGCGUGAAGAAGGGCUGCAUCCUGGCAUGUAGGCCCUACCACUUCCGAGCCCCUCCUGGAGCAAGAGGGGGAGCCGGGGCGAUCGCCAUGAUAUUCCACGAGAGCACGGUCCACACGGUGCCUUCCCGCGAGGUGGCGUAUGCACUCUGCCCCGCCAGCCUCACGCAUGCGCAGGUCAAGGCGCUCUGCUCUGCCUCCAGUGACUUUACCUACGUGCCGGAGGACCAUCGUGUGACGUCGUACUGGAUGGAGUGCAGCCUGCUGGCAGGCAAGCUCGUGCCGCACAGCAGAGGAGCUCCCUGCUACCGGCCCCUACCCUACCCCUUUCCCCUGCCUGGGGUGGAGAAGCUCAGAAUCUGCAUCUCCGGUUACGACGUGCAUGUGCGCUCCGCCAUCAACUUUUCAGUCCAGCUGGUGGGUGGCACGCACAGCUCGGAAGCCAUGACGCGCGCCAACACACACCUGGUCCUACCAGAGGCCGUGGGGGAGAAGUACAAGCACUGCGCGGCAUUUGGAGUGACGCCGGUGACCGCAGACUGGCUGGUGGACAGCAUUACCGCCGGCCUGCUGCAGCCCGAAAAAGAGUACCACCCCGGGAGACGCGCUGCAGCCCAGCCCCCGCUCGCCCACCAGAGCCAGGCGGGGGGCCGGCCGCGCCAGGGUCAAUCGCAGGAGCAGUGCGGGGCCGGGGAGGGGAGAGCAAGCCAGGCGUCCAGGAAGCGGGCCGGGGAGGGCGCGCCCGCUGACCUGGGGCCCCUCAACUUGGAGAGUCUGCUGGAGAUGACCGAGGGCGGCGCUGGGCAUCGUGAGAAGGCAGGCCCGCCCCCCAAACGGUGCGUGCUGGGCGGGCACGGCCGAUCGAGGCUGCCGAGGGCCGGAAGCGGGGAAUGA